AUUUGUCUGCUAUGCGGAGUUAGAGUUUGUUAUGUAUGUAUCUAACUAUUUGAAAACCACGGCUGCCCUCGGAAUGUUAUUGACUGAGGAAGAUGUUCGAGAGAGAGUUAACCUGAGACGCCAAAAUCUCGCUGAUAUCCGAUCAUUGUCUCUUCCUGGAAUAUAUGAAAAGAUCACUCAUUUAGGAAAUUCCUUGAAAAAAUUUGUUUAUCUGAAAUCUCUUGACCUCUCACGCAAUGCACUGAUUACAUUGGAGGGCCUUAAACAUCUCACGUACUUAGAAAAGCUCAAUCUCUACUUCAAUCACAUCUCCUCUUUAUCAGAAGUGCUACGACUCCACAAUUUAACUGCACUUCAAGUUGUGGAUUUCCGACUGAAUCCUGUUGUUAAAAAUGAAUCAGAUUAUCGCCUUUUUGUUGUACAUAUGCUUCCUAAUCUCAAAAAGUUAGAUGAUUGUCCCGUAACAGAAAGUGACCGAAAAGCAUCACUUUUGUAUUUUACCUCAGAUCAGGCCUAUACAUUCAAGAAAUCUGCAGUUUUAACCAAAAGAAUUAAACCUAGCAGGUUUAUUCAUCCAAGAGUUGAAUAUAUUAAUUCUAUGUCAAAAAAGUAUCUGGCAGUGGAUGAAGAUGAUGAAACAGCCUUACGUCUUUUAGCAAAAUGUGAAUGGGAUUUAAGAAAACAUGCAGAAAUAAGUUUAUCAUCUAAAAAGGAUCCUGAAGUAGAGCUUCACAAUUUAAAAAGUAUUUAUGAAAUGAAAGAGAAUCCUAAGAAGUGGAAAUCAGAAUUCUCCCUACCCCAAUUUUUCCUAUUACAAAAGAAAUGUUCAUUUCAGAAUACCGUGUCAGAAGACAGGAAAAGACUGAAAGGAACAACAACUGAUAAAGAAGUGAAUGAAUCAUUACUCAUUUCACGGAAAUUGGUUGGACCAGUUCAAAAAGCAUCUAAAUUCAAAGAACAGAGAUUUAAUGGCAGAGGUGCACUACCUCAAGGAACAAUCCACAUGAUGAAUAAAAAUUUAUGUGAAGCAACACCCAUGCAACGUUUACUUGACUUGGUUGACAAAUACUGGAAUGGUUCCAAAUCACUCCAUUACAAUGAGAUUUUUUUAGAUCAAGCGGAAAUGGUUUUGUCUGCAGUUCAGAAAUCUUUGCCAGCAGGUCAACAGAAACAUUAUUCCACAGAGAAUCAAGAGGUGAAUAAACUUCUCUUAGAGAAAGAAGCCUUACAAAAGUGUCUAGCUCAACAAGAGAAACAAUAUAGCAUCAGGAUUAAUAAUCUAAAGUCAGAGUUGAGCAAAAAUAAGAAAGAUAUGGAUGCACUGAAACUCUAUUUAAAUAAGUUACUGAAAGAAAAAGAUGGCUUAAAAGUUCAUAAAUUCAAAGUGGAAGAAAGCAUUCAGUUUUCAGAUACCGCUGAUACAACAUCAUUACAGAUUACUGAUUUUGAAGACCACCAUCAACUUUUAAUUGACGAGAAUGCUAGUAUGAAGAAACAUCUCCAAAAUUUUAACAAGAUGCGAGAAAUGACAGAGAUGUUACAGGAAAACCAUAGAAUAUUGAUUUCUACCAAUGAGCAUCUCUUAAAACAAUUAAAUGAAAUGCAUUUAAAACAUAAAGCUGAGGUGGAGCAGCUACAUUGCAACUACGAUCAGUUAAAGAAAACAAUGAAUAAUCUGUCUCCUAAGUCGAACAAUGAUAAUUAA